CCGUGCAGCAGCGGAGUUACCCCAGGCUGAGCUGGGCUGGGCUGGACAGGGCAGGGCUGAGCCAGACUUCCCGGAGCCGCCGUGCAGAGCUGAGCCAAGCCGUGCCGGAGCUUAUCCCGGGUUGAGCUGGGCUGAACUGGGCUGAGCUGAGCUGAGCCAGGCUUCCCGGAACCCCCCAGGUGCUCUCGAAGCGAAUCCCUCUUUCGCAACACAUACAUACACACACCAGCGCAAAAUGGACCAUCUUGUGAGCCAGGGCCAUUCCCAACACGAGCCCAUCAGCUUCGGGAUAGACCAGAUAUUAAACCACACUGACCAGAUCCAGGCGGGGUGUCUGCUGGCCAGCCCGCGGCUCCAGGAGGCCGAGUACGGGCUGGGGUAUAACAGCGCCUAUAACAGCCUGGCCAUGAACUAUAACAGUGGCUACAACAGCGCCUGUAGUGUGGCCAACUACAACGUGAAUGUGAACGUGAGCGGACACAACCUGAGCGGCGGCGCCGGGGUGAUCCGGGUGCCCGCACACCGGCCGUUGGCUCCCGGGAUGCCCCAGCCCAUGGUCCCCGCCCUGCCCGCCGCCCCCGGCAUCACCUUCCCCUGGAUGGAGAGCAACAGGCGCUACACCAAGGAGCGCUUCACAGUGGCACUCUCACCGUUCACUGUAACACGCCGUAUAGGUCACCCGUACCAGAACCGGACGCCGCCCAAGAAGAAGAAGCCUCGAACCUCGUUCACCCGCCUGCAGAUCUGUGAGCUGGAGAAGCGCUUUCACAGACAGAAAUACCUGGCGUCGGCGGAGCGGGCGGCACUGGCCAAGGCGCUCAAGAUGACAGACGCUCAGGUCAAAACCUGGUUUCAGAACCGCAGGACAAAAUGGAGGCGGCAGACGGCGGAGGAGAGGGAGGCAGAGAGACAGCAGGCCAACCGUAUCCUGAUGCAGUUACAGCAGGAAGCUUUCCAGAAGUCGCUGAACCAGCCGCUCCAGCCGGACCCCAUCUGUCUGCACAACUCCUCGCUGUACGCGCUGCAGAACCUGCAGCCCUGGUCACAGGACAACAAGAUCGCCUCCGUCACCUCCGUGGCGUCGGCAUGCGAAUAGCGACAGCCAACACACACAGCGCGUUUUGUGGACAAACGUUUGGGGGCUCGGCUGGGGAGCCCCUGAGGCUGGACACUGACCCUG